AGAUGGACCAAGAGGAGCUCAUUCGCGUCGGAGGUCGGCUCCGCCAUGCUGAAGACCUUCACCAAACAGCAAUAUACCCCAUAGUGCUGGACCCGAGCCACCCUUCUACUCGGCUCCUCAUUAAAGACUUUGACAGCCGUUUGCAUCACCCUGGACCAGAGAGAGUGUUUGCAGAGAUACGGCGCUCGUACUGGAUCCUGCGUGGCCGAGAAGCAGUGCGCCGCUACCAGCAUACCUGUCCAGAAUGCCGACGCUGGAAGGCCAGACCAGUUGUCCCCAAGAUGGCGGAUCUGCCACCUGCUCGUCUCCGCCUCUUCAAGCCAGCCUUCUUCUCAACAGGGAUGGACUGCUUCGGGCCAUUCCAGGUUAAGGUGGGGAGGCGCACGGAGAAGAGGUGGGGCAUCAUUUUCAAGUGUCUCACCGCCAGAGGGGUACACUUGGACCUUCUUAACACCAUUGACCGCGAUUCCUUCCUGAUGGCUCUUAGGCGGUUCAUCGCCUGCCGUGGGACACCUGCAGAGCUGCACUCCGACCAAGGAACCAACUUCCGAGGGGAAGAAAGCGAGCUGCCAGAAUCUUUUGCAGCGUUGUCCCCAGAGCUACGGCAGCAGCUAGCCAAGCAGAAGAUCAGCUUCCACUUCAACCCCCCUGCAGCACCCCACUUCGGAGGUGUGUGGGAAAGGGAAAUACGCUCGGUAAAAGCAGCCUUGUACACCACUGUAGGAGCCCAACCAGUCCCGGAGGAAGUAUUAAGGACCGUGCUGCUCGAAGUGGAAGGGAUUCUAAAUUCGAAGCCAUUACGUCUCCUCCAGCAUCAAUGACCUCGACCCUGUGACACCCAACAUGAUGUUGAUGGGGCAGCCAGACGCAUCGUUGCCCCAAAUCGUGUACCCAGAGACUGACCUGCUAAGCCGUCGUUACUGGAGACACUCCCAGGUUCUAGCGAACCACUUCUGGUCCAGCUUCCUGCGGAACUACCUCCCAAGCCUACAGACGCGUCAGAAGUGGCACUCCAUCAGAGCCGAAGGAACAGUUGUCAUGCUGGUGGAUCCCCAACUGCCACGAGCAUCAUGGCCAUUGGGCCAUGUCACUAAAGUCCACCCGAGCGCUGAUGGACACAGCCGAUCUGUUGACGUACGUAUCGGCGAGCGUCAUUACACCAGGCCGGUGGCCAGGCUGGUCGCUCUGCGAGCUCUCCCUGCUGGAAACGACGACCCUGCUACUAAGAAUAAGCUGCCGCAAGACAUUCGAGACUGUCACCUUCCUUGGAUGCGAAUGUACUUCGUACAUUCGGGGGCGGCUGUUAGAAAGGUUCCUAUGUUGAGGUUAACAUGUUGGACAGUUACGUCACCGCGCCUAAAGUCUCGCGUGAGUUACCUCAGAUUAUCGCGAUCGUUGGAGCUGGGGCGCAGCGGUAAGCUAAAUGUUGCUGGUAUCGACGGAGCGUGUUGCUGUAAUUGUGUGCGUCUUUGCCACAAAAAACACACAGUUUACACACACACACACACACACACACACACACACACCUUUCACAAGAAUCACACACAC